AUGGCGACUUCACAAGCGGAUCUCAGCAAUAAACCGGCUUUCAAUUACUACAUUGGCGACGAGGACGAGCUGGUAAAGUUAUUAACUGAUCACCUAGAACCGCAGCGAUCAGAGAUCGCCGAGCGGCACGUCUUCAGGCUGCGCCGACAGCGAGUCGGCGAGCCGCUCGCCGAAUAUUUGCAGAACUUAAAGCAUUUAGCGAGCACUUGCAGCUUCGGCACCUCGCUCGAGGAGAAUCUGCGCGACCAGUUCGUGUCGGGACUGGCAAACGAGGCGAUGCGAUCUCGGAUAUUUGCUGAAAAAAAUAUUCAGUAUAAAGAAGCGGUGGAGCUGGCUCUCGCCCUAGAGGCCGCAGAGAAGCACGCGGAGGUGAGCGGCGCGGUGGCGGCGCCGGCGAGCACCUCGGGCGGCGGCGGCGGCGAUGUAGGGGAAGGUUUGCAUCAUGCGAGUGCUCGGCGCGACAGGCGCGGGCCCGGAGCCGGCGGCGGUGCGGUCGCGGCCCGGGGCGGCACGGCGUGCGGCAACCAUCAGGCGCAAACGGCGCAGUGCUGGCGGUGCGGGAAGGCGCAUCGGCCGGACAAGUGUAAAUAUAUGCAUUACAACUGUGAUGAAUGCAACACGCGCGGUCACUUGAAGGUGAUGUGCGGCAAAGGACGCGAUCAGGCUCGUCGACAGUUUGGACGGCAAAACUACGUGGAUGAAGAAUCUGAUGAGGAUUUAUUUAACCUUCAAGUUUCACCGCGAGGUAACAAACCUUAUUUUAUUACAUUGAAUGUGGACGGACAAGAUGUUGUUUGUGAGAUCGAUACGGGUAGUCGUAUUUCUGCUAUUAAUGAGGACUUUUAUAAGCAGAAGUUUGCUCAUAAAAUAAUUAAACCUAAUGAUAGUUUCUUUCGCGGCUACUCUGGGUCACCAAUCGAAGCCCUUGGAUACUUAUCGGUUGACGUUGCGCUAAACGGUAAGAGAGCAACUAACUUGCCAUUCUACGUCAUUAAAAACGGAGGGCGGCCUCUUUUGGGUCGUGAAUGGUUACGUGCUCUUAAGGUCAAUCAAAUAACUAUAAAUGAGAUCGUUGAGGAGGACAGACUGGUGACCCAGCUGUGUUGUGAGUUCCCAGAGGUGUUCGCGGAUAAAUUAGGCACGUGUAAAAAAAGCAUUCAAUUACAGCUCACAGACAACGACCCUGUUUAUGCUCGCGCGAGGCCGGUACCGCUCGCGUUGCGCGAACGAAUUGAACGCGAACUUGAACGUCUGGAGCGCGACGGAACCCUGUGCCGAGUUGAUCAUUCUGACUAUGGAACCCCAAUAGUACCGGUAGUUAAGCAAAACGGGGAACUGCGCAUUUGUGGUGAUUAUAAGGUGACUGUAAAUCCUAAACUUAAGCGUGAUUAUUAUCCUUUACCUCGCAUAGAGGAACUCUUCGCUAAUCUUAGCGGGGGGCAGCAAUACACUAAACUGGAUUUACGUCACGCUUACGAACAGUGUUUGUUGACGGAGGACUCGCAGCCGUACACUGCAAUCACCACUCAUGUGGGUACUUUUGUGUACCGUCGCACACCGUAUGGGCUUUCGUGCAUUCCGGAGAAGUUCCAAAAGCUUAUGGAGGAAACUCUGCGCGGGAUUCCUAAUUGCGUUGUUUUCCUGGAUGAUAUUUGCGUGACCGGGCCUAAUAAACAGGUGCAUAUGCAAAACCUGCGCGCUGUACUUGGACGCUUACGCACCAUGGGAAUGACCUUAAAAUUGAGCAAAUGUAAGUUUUUACAAGAUAAAGUCAAUUAUUUAGGUUUCAUUAUCAACAAACAUGGCUUACGGCCAGAUCCGACUAAGCUAGAGGCCAUUUCCAAUGCUCCAGAACCGAAAGACGUAACGCAACUUAAAAGUUUUCUCGGGAUGUUGAAUUAUUACGGAAAGUUUAUACCAAAUUUAAGUACUUUGUUGCAUCCGUUGCAUGCGUUGUUAAGAACCGGAGUUGAGUGGAAAUGGGAUCCCGCUUGUAAACAGGCCUUUUUAGAGGCGAAACAAGCUUUGUUAGGCAAACGCGUUUUGGCGCAUUAUGAAGAGGGGCGCGAACUCGUUUUGGCAGUUGACAGCAGCGCCUAUGGCCUCGGCGCAGUGCUUGCGCACCGGUAUGAUGAUGGCUCCGAGCGGCCCGUUAGCUGUGCGUCGCGGACGCUUAAUGUACAUGAGCGGAACUACAGCCAACUUGACAAAGAGGCUUUAGCAAUAUACUACGGUAUUACUAAACAUCACCAAUACCUUUUCGGAAGACGCUUCACACUGAGAACCGACCAUAAGCCGCUAAGUUAUAUUUUUGGAAAAAAAAGUGGAAUUCCUCAGACGGCUGCAAGUCGUUUGCAGAGAUGGGCUGCGCGCCUAGCGGCUUACGACUUUUCAGUAGAGUUUGUGCGUUCCGUAGAUAAUGGGCCGGCCGAUGCUCUCUCCCGACUGCCACUGCCAUGCGAGGGCCGCGCCUCGGACGCUGUAAGCUAUGUUCAAUUAGUUGAAGACUCGUUACCAGUUAGCUACAAAGAGGUGGCUAAGGAAACACAGAAGGAUUCUGUGUUAAAUAGAAUUUAUGGUUAUGUUCUGUUUGGGUGGCCGUCUGUCGCGAGCUGUGAGGAAGAGAAGGCUUAUUUUUCAAGGAAAAGUGAUUUGUUCAUUGAUAUGGGUUGUUUGGUUUACAAAUACCGCGUAGUGAUUCCACUGGUUAUUCGGAAGCGGGUGUUAGAUGAGUUGCACGAAGGGCACUUGGGUAUACACAAGAUGAAAAGCAUUUCUCGUCAUUACGUAUACUGGCCGGGUAUUGAUGGAGAUAUUGAGGCGGUUUGCCGCGCCUGCAGCGCGUGUCGCGCGGUGCGGGACGCGCCCCCGCACGCGCCGCUGCAUCCAUGGGAGUACCCGUUGAAUCCGUGGAGUCGGCUGCAUGCGGACUUUGCUGAUUGUGGCGGUAAGCGGUAUUUAAUUGUAGUUGAUUCACAUUCGAAGUGGAUAGAAGCUAUUUUGAUGAAAAACACGGACGCUCGUACAACUAUUCUAGCGCUCCGAUCGAUAUUUGCGCGGUUUGGUUUUCCUGAGCAGCUCGUGACCGACAAUGGUCCGCCAUUCUUAUCUAAUGAAUUUCAGAUGUUUUGUGUAGAAAAUUGUAUUAAGCACGUUACGUCAGCACCAUACAGGCCACAAGGCAACGGUGCCGCUGAAAAUGCGGUUAAAACAAUAAAAAAGGCCAUUAAAAGAGCUCUGCACGAAGGCGUGGACGUAACUACCGCUCUUAAUAUGUUUCUUUUCCAAUAUCGUAACUGUGAGCAUGCGACGACUGGUGUGUCUCCGGCCGUAGCCCUGAUGCGGCGGCGGCUGCGCGGGCGGCUGGACGCGCUGCGCCCGGACCGCGCCGCCGGCGUGCGCGCGGCGCAGGAACGCCACGUGACGUCGGCUGGCGGCACACCACGCUCCGUCAAUGUAGGGGACGUGGUUUUCGCGCGUGACUACACUUUAAGAGGGGAGAAGUGGUCGGAAGGUAGAGUCAAGUCGCAAACUGGUCCGGUUUCUUAUACGGUUGAUAUGGGCCAGGGAGUCGAAUGGCGAAGGCACGUCGAUCAAAUGAUUCCGGCCAAUAAAGAUCGAUUCUCACUUUCACGGGCUAGUGUUUGUAAUCCGGACGAACAAUUUAAUACAUCAGUUAAUAUACCCGAGGUGGGUGCUGACGAAGCGUUUGGGGAUGCAUCGGACGGUGAAUUUCAGGCAGCACUAGAGCAGCCUCUGACGGAGCACCUUCCCGCUAGCGCGGGUGUCCGUACGCCACAGGUGGAUGCUCCGGCCGCGCCACCGCCCGAUGCUUCCGCCCGUGCGUUGCGCGCUUGGAAACGGGCCCAUAGAUCUAGCUAA